ACACGUUGCAUCUUCUAAAACCCCUAGCAAAACCCUAAUACACUCCACUCCUACCCCUCUUCUCCAUCUCAAGUGCCACCGACGAACCCCACUCAUGGCUCAUUCCGCCUUCCUUCUCCGCCGCUCCCUCCCGGCCCCCACCGCUCUCCGCCGUUCUCUCUCUUCACUCGUCCCUGCACUCUCUUCUCCCCCUCUCCUCAAACCCUCAAUUUCUUCCUCUUCUCCAUCGUCACAGCAACAAGCAUCUUCAUUUUUGGCCUCUGUCGUCCAAUAUCGGCUGUUCAGGUCGUAUCCGAUGGUGUCGCUUUCGUCUGAUAAAAAGUACCAUUUGUACAAGGAAGGCAAUGAGAUAACCCCCGACACGAUCUUGUUCGAGGGUUGCGAUUACAAUCACUGGCUUAUUGUUAUGGAAUUUCCGAAAGAUCCCAAGCCAACGCCUGAAGAGAUGGUUAGAACUUAUGAGGAAACUUGUGCUAAAGGACUGAACAUUAGUUUGGAGGAGGCAAAACAAAAAAUCUAUGCUUGUAGCACAACUACUUAUCAAGGCUUUCAGGCUGUAAUGACUGAAGAAGAGUCAGAGAAGUUUCAUGGUGUCCCUGGAGUUGCUUUUGUGUUGCCAGAUUCUUACAUUGAUCCACAGAUCAAGGAAUAUGGAGGAGACAAAUACAUUAAUGGAACAAUUAUACCAAGACCACCUCCUUUUCAACGCAAUACAGGGGGAAGAUUCCGUGACCGAAAUAGGAAUCCUGACCGACCACCAAGAUACAACCAACAAGGAAGUCCAAUGCAAAAUCAGCAAAAUUAUCCUCAAAACAAUUCAUGGCAAGGUGAUGCCAGGAACCAUGGAGCUCCACAAAAUUAUCCACCUCAACAGAACUUCCCACCUCAACAGAACUACCCUCCUCAACAGAACUAUCCACCUCAACAAAAUUAUCCACCUCAACAGAAUUUUGGCACUCCUGGUCAAGGAGAAAGUGGAGGUCCCAUGCCAAUAAACCGAAGUGGAAGGGAACCAUUUCCAGCAGAUACAAGAGGUUCGAUGCCUCCAUAUCCUGGAAAUUACAACCAAGGGGAGAGAGGAAAGUAUUAUCCUCCACAAGGAGACCAGAGCAGUUAUGGGCAGAGGAAUUUUGGGGGAAAUAAUUCCAAUUACGCACCCCCAUCUCAUGGUGGAACUUAUGGGGGAACAAGUUCUAAUUAUGGACAGAGUUACAGGGGGCAAGGAGAAAACCAAAGAUUCUCACCAAUGGAGCAGGGAAAUGUACAAGGAGACCAAAGGAACUAUGCACCCAUGGGACAAACGGGGAUAAACCAGGGACGAUAUUGAGAGGGUUAUAAGUGGCUCUUCGGGAAAUCAUGGAAGAAUGGAUUGCUUCUCUGGUUUAGUUCACAAGUAAUAAGAUAGAACUUAGUGGGGUCUGCCAUGGUAAAUAUGUUGUAGUUCUUCUAUGGUUACGGUCUGUUUCACUCAGUGCUGAUGUUAUUUUCUUUCUUCCUUGUUUAUUGGUUUUACUGUAUUCAACUUGGAUUUUUGCUACCACCUUGUUACAUAAGCUCUUAUAAAUGUGAAUCUUAUGUUGGGAUCCA